AUGAGUGCAGUCUCUGAGGACGGGGAGGGAGAGCUGAGGGUUCGGGAUCGGAGCAUGUGGAGCACCAGGGUCCUUCUCUCCCCCGUGUUCAUGAGCAGUGAGCACCCAUCAGUCCCUCAGGUCGCCUCUGAGACGGCACAGAUGGGAGUGGCACUUGGUGAUGCCAGGAUGUUAGAAGAGACGUCACUCAAAGCCAGUCACCAUGGAAACACCAGAGUAGAUCCCAGAGGAAGUGAUGAAGAUGAAGAAGAGAAGCAAACAUGUGUUGAUAUGAACCCCCAAAGUGGUCUCUACCUGCAGUCCUCUGAGACCUGCUUUCCUUCGAGAAGCUCUCAACUGCAUGAUGAUUUGAAGGAGUUCUCGGAGUGCUCGUCCAUUGGAGACUUAAGCCAAGAUGCUUCCUUCUCCCUCGAGAGCUGCAUCAAGCUGGAAAGAAGGUGGAUGCUGUGGUACGAAUUCAAGAAAGAGCUCUCCUGUUUGGAAGACUGGCUUCGAUCAGCUGAGAAAAUGGCAGCAUCCCCAAACUCCAGCCAUAUGCUGUAUGUAACAGCAAAAGAGGAGUUACAAAAAUAUGAGAACCUGCGUGCUGAGGCCAGGAUACGUUUAACCCAGCUGGACGGACUGACCCAGAGGAGUCGAACUCUGGUUGGCCUGUUCAGAGGUGCUAUGGGUGCACGGCUCAUGGAAAUGAUAAAGGACUGCGGACAGCGCUGGGAUCAGCUCAGCAACACUGUGGAGACAGUGUGCCGCAGGUUGAAGCAUUUCGUCUGCCAGCGGGAGGAUUUUGAGAGGCAGAGGGAAGAGAUGGCAGUGUGGCUGGUUGAUCUGGACCUCCGGCUGACUGAAGUGGAGCACUUCUCAGGCAAAGACACCUGCUCGAAGAUGCACCAGCUUCAGGGGUUUCAAGAGGCAGUUGGAGAGAGUGCGGGUCGACUGAAUGAUCUGCUCCAGCAUGGAGAAGAGUUGAUCCAAAGAAGCGAGCCGGCUGAUGCCCAGGCCAUCGAGAACCAGCUGCAGGAACUCCUGCUCCACUGUACCCGUGUCUUUCAGGGCCUGGGCCAUCUGCACACGCGCCUGCUCAGCAUGAGACUGGUUUUUGAGGAGGACUGGGCUCUGUGCGCUCCUGACUCUGGCUGUCCGUCUGAGAGUAUGCUGGAGGAUGAGUGUUUUAUAGACCGCAGCAUGGCUCUUCGGUCCAGUCAAGAUCACCUGGUCCUGGAGUGGGACCCUUCAGUGGACAUUGGUGGUUCAAUCUCUCAUGAUGGCACCGACUCGUCCUCUUUCAGUGCAGCUGCAGGUGUGCCUUACACAGAUGAACCAGCCAAAUAUGCUGUGAGGAGAAGAGUCUACAUGGGUCCUGUGGACUCGCAACCAGAAAAUGCUGCGGUCAGUGUCAAGCAGCCAGGCAUUAAGAAGAGUUUAGAGAAUGUGGCCCCACCCCAGAGGCCAGUGCCAGUCAUCAGAACUGGCAAGCAUGAGUACGCCGGACCAUUUAAAACUAGGGCCACACCUGAAACGGGGGCUCCUGAAUCUGUGACCUUUGACCCUGAGCGCAUCAGUGCUUGGCUGGGCCAGACACAUCAACUUUGUUCUAAAGCUGUCCAGACAGAGCAUGAUCCACAGGCGCGCUCCAGUUUUUCAUCUCUGCCAUUCGGAAAGGAGGAGGAAGGAGAGGAGUAUCAAGAGAGCGUGCUCCCCCAGAGACGCCCCCACCCACCGCACACGUGCUUCACCCCCUGCCCAUCCCAGUCAUGUGACCUCCAGCAUCACUCUUACCAACGUCACGAAGACCCACAGAGGCAGCAGGAGAGACUUUGUUUCCCUGACUCUUUGGAGGACAACACCCAUGCAAAGUCGAGUCGUGAACUGUGUGGACCGAAGGCUUCUGCUGGCAGCUUAUGGCACAGUGACUCCUGGCUUUUGGGGCCCUUGAGGUUUUUUAACAUGCGAAAGGCCUUGGCACCCCUGCUGGUCCUCCUAUUUGCCCUGUUGCUUGCUGUGGUGAUCUGGCCCCUCAUCAUGCUCUACAAUACCUCAUGCCAUCAGUCCAAUACUCUGACCCGCUCAUUUCACUUGGCCCUACAUUACAAAGGACCCCCUCCCACCUGAGGACACAAGCAAUAAUGGCAAAAAGUUUAGUAAUAGCACACGGGAUUGUUUUGGGGUUGUUGUUGGUCUAUAUAUCCAUUUAGAUGCAUUACCAGGGUUGCUUUGGUCAUGGAUUGUACAAAAGUGUCCUUAAGUGCCAUCCAUAAGAUUUAAAUAUGGUCGGACUCGAGGCCAUCAAAACUUAGUGCAAGCUAAUAUAACAAUUGCACUUAAUUCUGCUCCGACACAAAUUUUCUCACAAUGUCAGAGUGAGUUGUAUAAAACUAAUUUGAUUUGACAGCUCUGGGAUCAUCUCUGUUUAAAACUGCCAUGCUGAGCAUGUGUUCUUGAAUUUUUGACUGACGGAUUAAGCUUUUUUGGCCAACCAGUUAUUUAUAGGUUUGUUAGAGGAAAAAAAAUUCUAAUAAUUUAUAAAAAAGCAGAUUGGUUGUGAAUGAAAGGGGUGUGUGUGUAUGCGAGUGCUUGCUUUAAGAUUUUUUUGAUAGUUUAAAAAAUAGUUUUGUACAGAAAGAAUAUAAUUGAACAUUUCUUACUGCAUUACAAUAUGCAAUAUUUGAUCAAGAACCACUGUGCUGUAUACUGUAAUCGCUGUAACAUUUAUUUUUAAAAAAGGCAUUCUGCACUGUACUGUAUCUACACUGAUUGCAUCAGUCCAAUGAAGAAGACACACAAGCAAGCUUUAAAGCGAGUCCUUGAGCUCAUCAAGAAUUGGUUUUGCACUGUUUUCCACUUUUUAUGACUUGUGAAAUAAAAGAGAUGAGUGAAAACAAGUGGCUGGCUGUGGAUGGUGACAAUGGAAUGCAUGUAGAGUGAUACGCCGUGUGAUUCUCAUUGGGGGAAGCAGUCAGUGUCUUUCUCUGGCUUGCUGGACAAGCUGAAAGAGUUUUUUGUGCUGCUGCCAGAGAUGAACACUCAAAAAGAUUAUGAAAGAAUGUUUCAAAUUCAAUUAGCACACAAAUGAUCUUCGCUGGAAACGUUUGCAGAUGGCCUUUCAACCUCAUCUCGAUCCAUUCAGAGCUCUUGGGAGUUGAACUAUAGUCAACGCUGCAGAAAAUGAAGUGUUGUGUGCAUGGAGAACCGCAAGGCACCCGGCGAUGGGGGGCUAACAGUAGUUGACCAGCUCACUUCUGAUCCUGAUGUUUAAACCUGCGUGUGGAAGCACGUGCUGGUCAACCCCCCACGACACCGGCUUCUUAAAAUAAGACCUCGGUUGUGGCAGAUGAGAGUGUGGGAAACGGAGUUGACAGACGGAUCCAUGAGCUUGACGUGGCCUUCGGUUGAACAUGUCAGAAGCACCCACCCCCAGCUUCACCCCUCUGCUCACACACAAGCGCACUGUCGCAAGGCAUUAGCAUGGCAGAAAUAUACACACUUGCUCCUUCUACUCCAUCUAAAGCCUGCAUGAGCAUUUCACAACAGCGGUGCAACAUAUUCCCAUCUCCAUGCUAGAGCCUAUGUGACAUCAGAUGUGCAUUUAGAGGCUUAGAGGCAGGAUUUUGAGGGCUGUUGAAGGAAGAAGCUUGUGCUUACAGUGUACAGUUUUUAAAGAUGCCAUAACUGUGAAGUUUUUUUUUUUUGAGGAACUCCUCAUGACAUUGAGACACAGGUUAGAAAAAUGCCUCAAAUGAAUUCAGUCAUUAUUUGUUUUACCAUUUUUGUAUCACAACUGAUGUAAAUCGUUUAUUUAGCCCUUUUGAUA